AUGGAGUCAAACAACUCUGGGUCUUUUCCUGCUGCAAUCAUGGCCGCUGAUUACAACAGUCCACUGUUCAUACAUCCUUCAGAUACGCCGGGAAGUCAGAUUGUAAGUCAAAUUUUGACUGGAAGUGACAAUUAUAGUACGUGGAGUCGUGCGAUGAAGAUCGCAUUACUUGCUAAGAACAAAUUAGGGUUUAUUGAUGGAACCAUUGAACGUCCUACUAAUCCUCUCCAAGCACAACAAUGGGAUCGUUGCAAUGCUACGGUAAUGUCAUGGAUCAUGAACUCUAUUUCUAAAGAUCUAGUAGCUAGGGUCAUCUAUGGGACCAGUGCUAUGACGGUUUGGCAAGAUCUUCAGGAGAAUUUUGACAAAGUCAAUGGUUCACGAAUAUACUCAAUUAUGCAAGACAUUGCCACAAUGCAGUAA